AUGGAGAAGGACGAGUCUAUCGCCGUCACCACCGGUGCGAUGGUCGACGAGACUGCGCCUGAUGAGAAGCUCAAGCAGCUCCGUGACCUCAAGAACCACCACCACUGGGAUCCUAACAUGCCCGAGGAUGUCGUUGAGGAACUUGAUGAGGCAUUGCACACAUCUGACAAGCAUACCCAGGAGGUCAUCGCUCAGGAACUCCUGGAGAACUCCCCGUACCCCGAGGUUCGGUCUGCUGUUCCCAACAUCGAUGAGGGUGGAUCUGUGAACACUAUUCGCGCCUGGGUGAUUGGUCUUCUAUUUGCGACCAUCGGUUCUUCCCUCAACAUGCUGUUCUCCAUGCGUCAGCCCUACAUUGUUAUUCCCUCAUACAUUGCACAGGUUGUCGCUUACCCAGUGGGAAAGGCAUGGGAAGCAUGGAUGCCCAAUUACACCUUCAAUUUCUUCGGCCAUAAAGCCGAACUGAACCCAGGUGUUUUCACCAAGAAGGAACACACGAUUGUCGUUAUCAUGGCAAACGCCACAUUCGGUGGUGGCGCCGCCUACGCGACGGAUGUUCUCUUGGCUCAGCGUGCCUUCUAUGGACAACACUUCGGAUGGGGUUUCGAGAUCCUUAUGUGUAUCUCGACUCAGAUGCUUGGCUUUGGCAUGGCCGGCUUCUUCACCCGCUUCCUGGUGCAGCCCUCCGCCAUGAUCUGGCCCUCGACCCUGAUCAAUACCUCCCUCUUCGCUGCGCUGCACGAUCGCACCAAGCCGGAUCCCAACAAGGUCGCUGGCUGGAGGAUCGGCAAAUACCAGAUGUUCCUGUACGCUAUGAUUGGCUCUUUCUGCUGGUACUGGUUCCCCGGCUACAUUGCGCCAUUCCUAAGUAUCUUUGCCUGGGUCACCUGGAUCAAGCCCCAGAACGUGAUAGUCAAUCAGCUCUUUGGUGGAGCGACCGGCCUCUCGCUUAUCCCAAUGACAUUUGACUGGACUCAGAUCUCUGGAUUCAACUUCAGUCCCCUGAUUGCUCCUUGGUAUGCUAUCUCCAAUACGAUGAUCGGCAUGUUCCUCUGGUUCUGGGUUGUCACCCCCGCCAUUCACUACUCUAAUCUAUUCUACUCUCAAUACCUGCCCAUGAGUGACUCCAGCAGUUACGACAACACCGGUCAUGUAUAUAAUGUCACCAAGAUUCUCACUCCGGACUUUACCUUUGACAACGUGAAAUACUCGAACUACUCCCCUCUCUUCCUGUCGACAACAUUCAUGCUGUCCUAUGGGCUGUCGUUUGCCAGUAUCAUCGCUGUGCUCGUUCAGACCGGUCUUUUCAACGGCCCGGAUAUUUGGGCGCGAUUCCGUCGCGUCGGAAAGGAGGAGGAAGAUGUCCACGGCCGUCUCAUGUCUCGCUACGCUGAAGUUCCGAUCUGGUGGUACUUGGGUGUGUUUUUGACCAUGGUCGCACUCGGCUUUGGUGUUAUCCUCGGCUGGCCUACCCACAUGAGCUGGUGGUCGUUCAUCAUUGCCCUGCUCAUUUCCGCUGUUUGGUUUGUUCCUAUUGGCAUCGUCAAGGCUGCCACCAACAUCGACAUCGGCCUCAAUGUCAUCACCGAGUUCAUCAUCGGUUACAUGCAGCCCGGUAAACCUAUGGCCAUGAUGCUGUUCAAGACUUACGGUUACAUCAGCAUGUACCAGGGAAUGUACUUCACACAGGAUUUGAAAAUCGGUCACUACAUGAAGAUUCCUCCCCGCGUGACUUUUACGGCCCAGAUGGUCGCUUGUCUGUGGUCAUCCCUGGUGCAGAUCGCCACCAUGAACUGGGCUCUGGGCGCAAUCAAGGGCGUAUGUGACCAGUUCCAGCCUAACCACUUUACCUGCCCCAACGGUCGUGUGUUCUUCAACGCCUCCGUCAUCUGGGGUGUCAUCGGACCCGCCCGUAUGUUCUCUAUCGGCCAGCUGUACUCGCCCCUGAUGUUCUUCUUCCUCGCCGGCGGCAUCCUUCCCAUCCUCAUCUAUAUCGGCGCCCGCUACUUCCCCAAGAGCCCUAUUAAGUACCUCAGUGCCCCCAUUAUCUUCGGUGGUGCCGGUUUGAUUCCUCCCGCUACCCCUCUGAACUAUCUUUCCUGGGGUAUCGUCGGAUUCGUCUUCAAUAAGUAUAUCCGUGACCGCUGGCGCGGGUGGUGGAUGCAGUACAACUACGUCCUGUCCGCUGGCCUGGAUGUCGGUCUGGCUCUGUGCACCAUUCUCAUCUUCUUGACCCUCAACUUGACCGAUACCAGCUUCCCGGAAUGGUGGGGAACCAAGAUCGCCUCCGACACCAUGGAUACCUCUGAUUCCGCUAUUCGUAGCCCUGUCGCUAAAGGUCAGACCUUUGGUCCCGCCAAGUGGUAG